AUGACGGGCGUGUCCGUGACGCCGCUCUACCUGGCGCCCGGCGACCGGCUCCGGUUCACCGCAGAGAACGCUAGCCAAGCGUGGUCCGAGCGGGAGGCGGAGGAGGGCGCCGGCCUGGUGCUGGCCGCCUGGGACCAGACAGCUUCCCCGGAGCUGCUCACCGUACCUGGCUGUCAACCGAUGUGCGGCGGCUCCUCCAGCCUGAGCGAGGCCCAGCUGCGCGUGCUGGUGCUCCGCUCCGACUGCACCGACCUGCCCGUGCUGAGCGCCGAGUACGCCGCCCCCUGGGACGUUUGCGGCCGCUGCGGCGGCACCGGCGAGUCCUGCAUCGACUGUAACCAGGACGUCAACGGCACUGCGUUCACAGACUGCGAGCGGUGCGUAGGCGGCGCCACUGGUUUGGAGCCGGAGCGGGACUGCGCCCACCAGUGCAUGGAAAGCGAGCUUGUGCGCAUCCAGGACGCAGAAGUGUGCGCCCUGAAGGAGCCGGCCGCUGUGGCGCCUUGCGACAGCGUCAGCGGCUCCGGCGCCUACUACAACCC